UGAGUGUUUCUGAACGCAGUUUAGUUCAUAGUGUAAUACCAGAAUGCAUUGCAGUCUUCCAUUCUAUUCUUGAGCCAUUAGAAUGCUGUUCCAUGAGCAGAAAUUUACAGCGGAACAAAACAACGCGAUCAAUCACAACUCUGCAGUCGUUACUUUCUUUUCUUUUCUGCGAUUGUGAUUGGUCUUACUGUUGAAUGGUACCCUUACAGGGAGAGAGUGGCAAAUUGCAUUACAUGAAAGCCCACGUCCAAUUAGGACAAGGGUCAUGUAAUUUUCUCCAAUGGAUAUUUUUCAUUUAAUGAUACAAGUUGAUACAGGUAUCGUUCUGUUCUUGUUGACAUUCAGAGAGUAGCCUAGUUUCUACCGAGGAUUUAAUCCGGAUCAAAAUGAAUAUUCCAAGCGGACACUGUCUAGGCUAUAAUUUCUAGACGGUUAGGCCUCAAGCGGCUAGGAUAUGUUAUUUUUUUUGUUCUGGGCGGCGUAGCCGCUCCGAUCUCAAACGUUACUGUCUACACACUCCAUUAUCCACGUCCGAUCCAUUGGUCGAAGGAUUUAUGAAGCGGUAUUAUAAGUUUAGAGAUAAUUUAGAGAAAAAAAUUUCUGUGUACAAAUCAUGUAUAAAACAUAUCAAAGGAUGCUAUCUGCAUUACUGUAUUAUAAAGGAAUCAUAAGGGGCAUAACAAACACUUUGAUGCGAAAAAAUUUCCAUUAUGUAUUGAGCUACGUUUUCCUUGAAUAUCUGCACCACAGAUUUCAAAGAUUGUUAGGACAAACUCUCAAGUGGGUCACAUUGCCAGAUGUAGCUUUAAAAUUUAUGCUGGACGAUUUGAAAACAUGGAAUGAAUACGUUGAUUGUCAUUCUUGUGCAAUAGCAAAUUUACAGAAAAAAUUGUCAAGUUCCUGGUUCAAUGUUUGCUCAAUGAUGUCAAUGACAAAAUAUAGAUUAAUGAUUAUAUCCGUGCCAGAUAUUAGCAAGAAUACUAUCCUAAUCUCUGAAACAACAAAGCGCAAUCUCCAAAACGCUCUUCGCUGCAAACAAUUGGACAACUCGUGUUUUAUACUACCAUUAGAAGAUGAUGUGAUCGAGUUUGCAUCUGAGGCGAGAAUAUCUUUAAUCGCUAAUCCGUACGAUUGCACGACCGAAAUCGUGGACGUUAUGCUACAAAAUUACUUCUUACAUCCCCGAUUUUUACAUGUGAAUGACAUAUUUAGAAUCGACGCGAAGGAAUAUGCCCAAGAUCAAUUUUAUUCGUCCGGUUUUGCUGGAAUCCCUGUGAUGUAUUUUACAGUUCAAGCUUUGAAAGUAAAUCGUAAUGGGUGCAGCAAUAGCUUUAAUAGUUGUUACGUUGUACGUGGAGAGUCAGCACUCAUUCAGGAAGCACAAGUUCACGAUUAUAUCCCUCAGGAACGUGUUUGUUCACUUUGCAAUACAUUUUUACAGCAAAACAAAGCAUCAAACCACAAAUAUCCGUCAGCUCUAAUGGAUUCCUUGGAACAUUUAGAAUCUUGCAUUACAUUAUUUUUAAAAAAGGAUCUUGCAAAUAUUCAAUUGAACGUAAGACCGAUAUUUCUUGUGAAAGGGCCACGGGGUUGCGGUAAACAUAAUUUAGUUCGAGCAAUAUCCAAGAGAAUAGGAUUGAACUUCCUCGGUGUUGACUUUGUGGAAGUGCAGACUUUGACAUCGGCGCAGACCGAAGCUAAGCUUCGCAUAAUGCUACAAAAUGCACAAAAAUGCGUGCCAUGUAUACUAUAUUUAAAUAAUAUUCAAAAAUUCGGUAAAACUAUCGAAGGUCAAAAAGACGAAAGAGCCAUAUCCUUCUUCUCGACAGAGAUCACCACAUUAUACAACAGCCGCCGAAGAUUUCCUCUAAUUAUCAUAGCUGCGUCGGAUGAGACUGACAUACCUUCUGAAUUGCAACGGUUUUUUAUCGAAACGAUUCAUGUAAAGCCUUUAAAUCAGAACAAACGAGCGGAACUGAUAUCUUGGCUGCUGUUCAACAGAAAUCUAAAAACUAUUGCGGAUUUGUCAAAAGUGGCUGGUCUUUGUUCAGAUUUUAAAGUCGCGGAUCUAUUAGCGUUGUCAUUACAUGCAACCAAAUUUCGAUGCAAAUUAAUGUCUCACGCAAAUCAGAGAUGCACGCUUACUCUGGAACAAGAAGAUUUCGAUCGAGCUUAUGAAUAUAUGCAGUCUGUGUACUUCGAUAGUAAAGGCGCUCCACACAUACCAGAAGUUCAUUGGGAGGAUAUAGGCGGUUUGGCGGAUUUGAAACACGAGAUUAUUCGUAAAAUUCAGUUGCCUCUGUUGAAUGCUUUUGGAUUCGGACAGUCUGGAUUACUAUUAUAUGGCCCGCCCGGCACUGGAAAGACUCUUCUCGCUAAAGCGGUGGCGACGGAGUAUCAGAUACACUUUCUGUCAAUUAAAGGCUCGGAAGUGCUAAAUAUGUACGUCGGUCAAAGCGAGAAGAACGUAAGGCAAAUUUUCAAGCGCGCGCGAUCCGCGGCCCCUUGCAUCGUCUUUUUCGAUGAGCUGGACUCGUUAGCGCCCAACCGAGGUAGAAGCGGGGACAGCGGCGGCGUAAUGGAUCGCGUGGUUUCCCAGUUACUGGCCGAAAUGGAUGGCCUCGAGGAGUCCGGCAAUAUAUUUAUUAUAGGAGCGACGAACAGGCCCGAUCUCAUAGAUCCCGCGCUGCUCCGACCGGGAAGAUUCGACAAAAUGCUCUACGUUGGUAUCCAUUCUGACUCCGAAUCUAAGUUCAGCGUAUUAAAGGCACAGACACGUAAAUUCAUGUUCCAAGAAAAUGGACAUGAGUUGAAACGAAUCGCGGACCAAUUGCCCGAUAACGUCACUGGUGCGGAUUUGUACUCUGUCUCUUCCAACGCGUGGCUCAAUGCCGUACGCGAGGUACUUGCAAAAUAUCAGGAAACUGAAAGAAUCAAUAAGGAUUAUUCCGUCGAAGAGGAAGAUAUAAUUAAGGACAAUGUUAUCGUGGAAUUGCGUCAUUUUUCAGAUGCUAUUUGUAACUUGGUGCCUUCAGUCACUGAUGAAGAAAUCAAAAGAUAUAAUAAAAUGCGAGUAGAGUUAUCAUCGUUGUAAUUCCGGAAUCGUUUCUAGUAGUAUAAAAUAUAUUAUUAUCUUACGGUUUUCGAGAGUCAUUUUAAAUGACUCUGAAAAUUUUUUUUAGAAUUUUAUCAAUUGUGGAACACUUCAGAAAUACUGAAAAAGAUUACAUCUUUUCUAAAAAUUUUUCAUAUAUGUAAAUUCUGAAAACAUUCUAAAAUUUCUCACAGUCUACAAUUAAAAAGAAAUGAACUUUUUCAGGUUCUAUAAGAUUUUAUCAGAAAUUAUAGAAUGAGAAAUUUUAGAAAUCUUAGAAGCUUUCAGAAUUCACGUAUGAAGAAUUUAAAAAAAGAUAUAGGCAUUUUCUCGACAUUUUUUGAAAAGUAUUAUAAUUUGUAUAAAAAAUCUGAAAUUUUUUAAAGUUAUAAAAUCAUUAAAAACAAAAUUAUAAAUUAUAAAAUUUACACAAAAGUUCUAAGAAAUGAUAUGAAAGAUUCUGAGAAAAAUCAUCAAGAAAGUAACCAGUGGAAUUGAUUAUUAUCUACAGUGAUAAACUUGAAUGUGUUUAUAAUGGAUUUUAUCUUGUGCCGAAGUUUUUAAUUUUUAUAGAUCCUAGAACUGGAAAGGAUACAGGAGUUGCAGAAGAAUAUAACGUCGCGCAAAUAAUAUAAUAUCUAUGAAGUAUGGAACUUCUUUUUAUUCACUAAAACGCCCUUACAUGUUUCGGCUCAUUUUUGAGCCUUCCUCAGAGACAACAUAAAUUAACAUAUAUAAAAACUGUGUGUAAAAGUUAUCCUAUCAUGAGCUUUCCUACAUCGAGAAUUCAAAUGUUAGAAUUAAAACCAAAAAGAGUGAAAAAAAAAGG